CCAAUGAGGAAUUUAUUCAAGGAUUUCGUUUAUUUUUUGAAAAUUUUCUAAAAUCGUAUUAAGUAUAUUUUUGUGUUUAUCACAGAAUCAUUUGUCUGAGUUUUUUUUUCUUGUCCAAUUUAGUUUUUCAAUCUUCAGUGAUAUUUCGUUUUUUGAUAGUUACAAGGAAAUAAUUAAAAUACUACGAAGAAGAAGUGGAAAAAAAAUGUUCUAUUAAUCAUCCUGAUUAAAGAAAAUUGUUUGGAUGCCUCAGGAUUUUGGAAAAACUAUACAAAUUAAUCAAUUAAAAAUUAAAUUCGUUAAUGGCGAUACAAGAAUUGGUAACUGGACUGUGUUUGGCAUAAUUUGUACAGUGAAAAGGAGCAUAUAAAAAAUAUCCAUCUCUAGGUCCUAGACUGCAAGAAAGUACUUAAAGUAAAUAGGUUAUCAAUAGGUUAAAAGUUUCGAAAAUAUCAAUCACACUUUUAAUUGUAAGCCGAACUCCUCCUGAAGUUAACCAAUUCCAGUAUUUUACAGUAAGAUGUGCAAUUCUAAGAACAUGAAUCGAGUGCCAAUUGAUGAGGCCUUAGAGGAAACAAAAUUUGGAAGAUUUAACUUUGUCCUGAUUUUAGUAUCUGGAUUUGUGAUUGUCAAUGUUUGUUUGGAAUUAGUUGGGAUUGGCUUUGUAUUGCCAGUAAUUAACUGCGAUAUGGAUUUAUCAUACAAAGAAAAGGGAAUUUUGGGUGCUGUUGGAUUCUUAGGAAUAAUAUCUAGCUCACAUAUUUGGGGAUUUUUGGCAGAUACAAUUGGCCGAAGGAAGGUUAUAAGGCCAACGCUUAUUGCAGGAUAUCUUGUAACAGUUGCUUCGAGUUUCGCACCAAAUUAUACAACUUUAUUAUUUCUUCGAUUUUUAAAUGGAUUUUUAAUAUCCGCUGGAUCUGCUACAAUAUUUGCUUACCUCGGGGAAUUUCAUUGUGAUAAAACAAGAAACCGCGCCAUUAUGUCAGCUGGUUUUAUUUCAGCUGCAUGUGCAUUGGUUUUCCCGUUUGUUGCUUGGGCAGCUAUUAAUCAAACCUGGUCUUACGAAAUACCAUUUUUGAAUAUUGUCUACAAACCAUGGCGUAUGUAUAUUAUGGUUAUUGGAUUGUUAGGAUUGGUAUGUGGUCUUAUUAUGUGUUUUUUGCCUGAGAGUCCAAAAUACUUACAUUCAAUUGGAAAAGAAGACCAAGUUUUGAAAAUACUGCAAAGGAUACAUUCAAUAAAUACAGGAAAAUCUAGAGAAAGCUUCAAGAUAGAGGCAAUUUUACCGGAGUCAAUGGAAGAAGUUAACAAAAGAAUUAAAAAUGAAAUUAAAGGAUCUGUUUUGGAAAAACUUAUAAAAUGCAUGUGGAACCAGACAGCUCCCCUAUUUAUGCGAGAACAUCGCAGGAAUACGGCUUUGACAUGUGUCAUACAAUUUUGGAUAUUUUUCACUUAUCACGGACUUUAUGUUUGGUUUCCACAUAUUCUAAAUAGUGUGAUGGAAUUCACACGAACAUAUCCAGAUAUUAAUCUUGAUAUGUGCGAUAUUUUGAGUACAAUGGAAAAUAUCAGAGCUGAUGAUAAUGAGUGCAAACAGUCAUUAGAGCUAUCAACUUAUCAUCAUACGUUUACACUUGAAGUAAUUUUUGUGUCACUUUAUUUGGGAGUUGGAUAUUUUACUGGAAAGGUUGGUCGAAGGCCAACAUUAUUUUUAAUUCUUCUGCUAUGCGGUGUUUGUGGAAUUAUAAGUUCAACUGUAACCAAACCAAUUGUUGCUGUUUAUGCUUUGCAAGUAUGGCUCGUGUGUGGCUUAGGAACGACAGUUCUCAGUUCAAUUACUGUUGAUAUUUUUCCAACUAAUUUGAGGGCUAUGGCUAUUUGUAUAUCUUUAAUGUGCGGAAGAAUCGGUAGUGUUUCUGGAACAAAUGUUAUUGGAGCACUAUUGGAGAAUCAUUGUCAAGCUGGGCUUCUUACAGCUGGCAUUGCACUAGUACUUAGUGGAUUUUUAGCUUUCUUUUUACCAAAAACUUCGAAGAAACCUAAAAAACAAAAUGAAAACAGUGCGUAGGUUUAUAUUUAAGAAAAAUCGUAGACUAACCUUAUGCACAUUUUAAUCAUGGUAUGGUAUUAAUUAUAAAAUGUAUUCUGUAAAUUUGAA